CAAACAAAAACACCAAAUUAACCGUAUGUCGGGACUUGACUCACACACUCAGGAAAAAAAUAACGGCAUUGUCCAGAAAUUGAUAUAACCUAGAAAAAAAUGCAAAUUUCGAGUAAUUGAGUUGCAAAUAAACCAAAAUGACCUCGUAUGGAAAAGUGGAAACCGCAAAACUGCAACAAAAUUUGGAAAAUCAGUUGGAUAGACUAGUCGAACAAUUAGGGGAUUUGGAAAAUUGCAAAGCGGAGCUAGACGCAGAGGAGUACGAGGAAACCAAACAGGAGACUAUGGACCAAUUAAAGGAAUUAAACGACAGUUUAUCCAAACUAGUCAAAGGCGAUAUUUCCCUUAUCAGUGCCCUAGGAGCUGUACAACUUGCCACUCAAGCUGCCAUUUCCGAAGCGUUCAAAACGCCGGAAGUUAUCAGACUUUUCGGGAAAAGAGAGCCAAAACAAUUGAGAGAAAGACUGUCCAGUAUUGAACAAGACUUUAAACUCAAUAAAUUGAGCGAUGAAGCCACCAGUAGGCAAAAGGCUGAAAUACUAACAGCGUUGAGACAACUCGGCGAGCAGCUAUCGCGAGAGGAGUUGCAGUUUCUGGAAAAGCACAAUAACAUCGCCAAUGCAUUUCAAAACGUCGAAUUUGUAGAGGUAACUGAUGAAUAAAAAGUGCACCAAGAAAUAAAGGAUUUAUUUGUACAUCCAUAAUUUAAC